CUUAUUUUCUCAGUGUCUUAUACCACGGUCUUUUAUCAAACCCUCAUCCACUGGUUCCCUAUGUCAGUUUCCCAAGAAUACCAUAGGCCAGUGGUUCCCAAAUUUUGUUCCACAUUAGAAUCAUUGGGGGGGCUUUAAAUAUCUCAGACUCAGGUUACAGCCAACACCAGUUAAAGCCAAAUGUCUCAAGGUGGCAUUUAAAAAUGCCCAGGUGAUUCCAGCGUUCAACAAUGGGUUUGGGAACCAUUGCCAUACUUCCCCAGGAACCCAGGGCUUGAUCAAGGCUAAUGUUAAUGUCAGGGAGUUGUUUCUGUCCUGCACACCAUGUGGGAAUGAGGCUUGCUAGGACUCGAUGUUCAAGUGUUAAGUGUCAAGAGGGUGAGACUCUUGUUCCUCUUGCCCUCUUCUAUCUCCACAGUAAUCUAUCUGCAACAUUUCUUCUUGAAUGAAAUGAGCAUAAUAGCUACUUUCUAGGUUUGCAGGAAAGACUGACUGCAAAUCUGGGAAAUAGACGAUAGUGUGUCUGACACACAGCAGGACUUUAAUAAAUGCUUUGGAAAAUCCACGUUUGUUUAAUGAGGACACAUUCAGGACCUGCCUUAUGUAAGUCUCCCUCUGAAGAUAACUUCUCGUCCUUCCCAAUGACACCCAAGCACACUCUUCACAGGCUCCUCCCUUUCUGCUCUUUUCACUUUGGCCCUCCCCACACUCACCUAGCUCCCUAUCAGUUAUUGCCAAGGAACAGCUAGACACAACGGACUUUCUCAGAUCUUUGGUCACAAGGACAUGUUACCUGUGAGAACUACAGCAAAAACACAAGGGCUUACAGCAGAUGUGAAGGGAAUCUCACCCGUGAUGAUACUAAUGGUGAUAAUUUACCUGAUGCUUUUGUUCUGGGAAAACGAGCAGAAUGAGGAAGGAGAGGAGUCCACCAUAGAGCAUCUGCAUGUGGACUACCCUCAGAGUGACUCUCUUGUAAGGUACUGCAACCACAUGGUCUUACAAAGAGUCAUCAGGGGACCUGACAAUACCUGCAAAAAGGAGCAUGUUUUCAUCCAUGAGAGGCCUCGAAAUAUCAACAGUGUUUGCACCUCUCCCAAGAAAAUGAGUUGUCAGAACCAUUCUUCCACUUUGUGUUUCCAGAGUUUGACAAAGUUCAAAAUGACAGUGUGUCAGCUCAUUGGAGGCACCAGAUACCCUGCCUGCAGGUACCACAUUUCCUCCGUGGAGGGGUUUAUUGUUGUCACUUGUGAUGACGUAGGGCCAGUUACUUUCCAGAGAUAUGUUAAAUAAGUUGAGACCACUGCCUGGGUCUGAGGGGUACUGGUACUCUCCUCUCUUGCAAACUUCUGUAUGGGGUACUGGUAUAUUGGUUCCUCUCUCAGGGGUACCAGUAACUGGUUCGCCCUGGAGCACACCUCAACUGUGGACAUGGGGUAAUGCUUUGUGUGAAUUGGGUAGCCAUUAGUAAUUCAUCUGUCCUGCUGGUACGGCUAAGCUGGAAUAAUUUCAUUCUGGUUUAAUAAUAAUAAUAAUAAUAAUAAUAAUAAUAAUAAUAAAAACUCGACUG